AAUAAAACGUGCUUUUAAUAGUUCAAAUAUAUUCCGAAGUAUGUGGUAAAUGCCCAUACACGUUGGCGUGUUUGCUACUUUAUUCUUUAAUCCGUGUGUAGUAAACAUUCAAAACGCUGCCGUUGUUGAGCAAACCCACGUGAACACCAACAACAAGUGCCCCGCGAAUAGUACAUAACAAUAAUAAACAUGGAUUAUUUGGACAUGUUACUUAAAUCGCCGCCGCCAAAUGAAUCCUCUGCAACUACAGACGUAAUGUCUUCAGAACAUCAGUUCCCGGCAUUUUCAUCUCGCAAUGAUAAAGUUCAAACAAAGCGAAAAAGGCUUGCGGAGCGCAUUGUGAACACUGAUGAAUUGGUCCGCCAGGUGAAACAGCUGAAGGAAACCAACAAAAAACUGUCGGAUUUUCAAAGAACCGCUGAAAAGGUCAGCGAUCUAUAUCAGCAGGAGAAACAGCAACGCCAGGAGCUGGAGUGUCGUCAAAAGCAAUUAACCGAGCGUUGUAACCUUCUCGACGAGGAUUUGGAUGCGCAUAAGUCGCAAAAAGAAUAUCUGAAAGAUAAACUCAAGGAGAUGGAGCUGCCUGCCACUGCGAAAGAUGUAGCCAUAACAUACAUUCAGCUCGCCCACAGAAUGAUGGACAAAGAACUGGGUGGAGGGGGGCUGUUACGCCGCGAGACCAUUAUGUUGCGAAAGCUAAAGGACUAUUGUAAAAAGGAGAACAUUGAAAUACCAACGACGCAAAGUCCGGAUAACAGGCGUAAAGCCGUCAAAACUUCUACGUCUAUUAAGCAGGGUGAACAUUUACAGAAUCCUACGACCACAGACACACAAAAACCUACAACGCUAAAAUUAGAAGACAAAUUCAAUAUGAGUCCGACCCCACAGCCCAAGCCUAUGACUUGCGAAUUUGCCGUUCAAUGUGGUGGUUCGGUUGUGAUGAAGGAUCAGGCAACACAACACAGAAAUACAACUGCAACGCGCGGUACCACUACAGCCACGUUCUUUACAAAACACAAUGUGGGCACUUGUUUCCCUGAACUCACUCCUCCACCAACCGCUGAAGAGAUUCUCAAAGAAAUUUUGAGUUGGGAUGUGACGCCUAUAAGUCCCAUUAACGAUAUUUUCCCAAAAGAACUAGAACCGCCGUUAGUCUCUAAAAUCAACGUUGGCACUUGCACCACUUUGUGUAAUGUCCACCGCGAGAUAGACUUCUUGUCUGCCAUACCAUCUCAAAUAAAACACUCCAACUCGCGGCCGCCCUCGCGUGGUGUUAAAGAUGAGAUAGCUAUGCCCAGCGGCAGCUUUGACUACAUUAAUAUAGCACGCGAGUUCCUUAAUUCAUUACCUCAGAACCAACUGCCAACUUCUCCACCUAGCGCUUUUGAGGAGAUGUGCCUAUGUUUUUUUGGCCAAUUGUUGUUUAGGAUCCUGCAGAAACGCUCCGAUCCGACACCUGUGACAUCGCAACCAAUGAGCCAGGCGGACUUUUUAAACUGGUUGAAUCAUGGAGUAAUCUUCAAUGAGGCUACAGGCAGUUUUACUCCAAAGAAUAAUAAAGGCUAUGAAGCUAAUGCAGAAUCCCGGAAGGACGUUGGAACCGAUCCCAUAGUCGACGAAUCAAUCAGUAUUGGUGUGGAUCUGACACCGAUCUACUUGCCACCUAAGCCAAAAUCUAAAAUUAGGAAACGCAAAACCAAACCUGAUUCGAAUUCCAGUUCAGAAACAGCAAUCAACUUUGUUAGCAGUUUGAAUGCCUUCCAUCAGCCUAGUUGUGAUAACCUCGAAGCAGAUCUGAAGCCGGAGGAACGUUAUUUGCUUGAUCUAACGUCUAAAAUCGCAGAACAAACUUUAGUCAACAACAGUGAUACCAAAGAACAAUGCACGCAAAAUAUUUUACAAUUCUCAGAAGAACAAAAACUAACACAUAAAAAAAGGAAGAUGAAACUAACUUUGUUUGGAAACGAUUCGGAUUCGCAGGAUAGUGGUGAUGAAGAAAUGAUGACAGACCUCGAGAAAACGCAGACUGUUCAAAUGGCUAAUAUUGGAAAUAGUCCUGAGCUUCCAUUCUGUAAAAAUAGUUCGGACACUGGAGAACUGAACUGCUGUCCAUUUGAUACUUUAGACGCACAAACUGUAAAAGGUGGACACAAUUCUAAGAUAUCAUUUGGCUGUGAUUCACUUGUGGAAACAGAAACAACGUCCAAUCCCUUAACAAGUCUGCAACUAACAAGCGAACAAACGGGACAUUGGAAUUGCUCUGACACAUCAGUAUUAGGCGAUUUUGAUUUCGAAAACAAUGAAAGCAUAGAUCGAAAUAAAGGAAGAGCCGCAUAUGGUCGUUAUGCGGAUUCGGAAGAUAGUGAUUCUGAAGAUUUGAGAGAGUCUGAAAUCAAAGGUUCCUUAGAAGACAAAGGAACUAAUAUUUCCUUGAAAAAUUCACCAGAAUGUAAUUUUAAUAGUGACAGUUUUGAAUCUAUCGAAUUAGUAAUAGACACGGAAAGAGGUGAUCACAUCGAGUGUGGCGGGAGAAAUGAGUCAAAAAUAAUUCCAUACCCGCCAAACAGAAAACGAAAACGUACAUCAUCCUCACAAAGUGAUUAUCCAACAGAUAAGCGCAUGACACGUUUACGCGCAAAGAAGUUGCAGUUGGAAAGUCCGGGCAAGGAGGAUAAUCAUGAAGAGAAAACCAUGACAAAUAAAUUAGAAAUUAGUUCAAGCGCAGACUGUGAUAAUACGUUGUUGGAAUCAAUGCCAAGUAUUGCUUCCCACACAUUUUCUGACCUAGAAUCCCCUGCUUCACCUGCAGCUGUCGAUUGUGCCACUGAAAAUGUAUGUCAACCAAAAAAUAUACCUCUGAUACCGCGCGACCCUGUUGGAAACAAGCCAAAGGCACUUCUAUUCUAUUUAAUUAAGACUGCAGAAAGUGGGCCGAAGACACGCGGGCCAAGGAACACGCUACAGCAGCCGGAGAUGAAACGGCUGCUACUAAACAUCGCUACAUAUUUCAAAGAAUCUUUGGAAAUUGAAUCCUCUUGUAGCGACUUUGCUGAUGUGUUAAAGAAAAUCACGACCGAUACCACGACUAUCAUUAAUGCAAUUAUUUCAACAUUUGCUCAACUCAAACAUGAUGAGAAUGUAACAGUAUGUCGCUUGCUAACUGUUGUCAAAUACUUGGAAACGAAGCAAGCUAACUUUAUUGGCCGUUUUCUGCAUGUAUUGGAACAGCGCAUGUUCUCGGUUAAAGAAAAAAACUCCAGCGCAGAAGCACACAAGUUUUUGAAACUUUAUUUAAAGUUGCUAAGUCUCCAAGCUAAUUUGGGUUCGUCUACAACGUAUGUCAAUCCAGCACGCCUACUAAUUGCUAAAAUACUCUAUUACUAUACCACGGAUAUGCCGUCACUGGUGCUCGAGGUGGUCAACCAAUAUCCCACUGUACUACCGCAUCGCGAGGAGCGCAGCUACGACCACAGCGACCCACUUAUUACGGUGAUCAAACAUCUGCUCAUGUGCUACAAAUAUAAUGUGGAAGAUGAGAAAAAAGCGGAUCGAGCUUUGCUCUCUAAGCUGCGCUACGAAUAUCAUUUCCAGCCUUUUGAGCCUACAAAAAACCAGGUACUGGAGAACCUAAUAGAAAAACUGAAGGCAGGCAAAGUUCAGGAUCUCUGUUAUGCUUUUGCACUCUUCUGCCGCCGAAGCUUCAAGUUGUUGGUAAUCCAGGAUGUAUUGACGGAGCAGCUGAUGCCAUUGGCCUUAACAUACUGUGAUCUUUGCACGCAUACGGAAGAGUACGUUGAACGAUGUGAGACCCUGAUACAGUGCAUAUCGCUCAUUGUUAAGCAGCUGGAAUCUCAGACGGACAUAUCUGCCUAUUUAUUGUUCUUCAAGCUACAGCUGAAAAAUCCACGUCCCUGCAUCCAACAAGCAGCUGUCCAAGCCAUAAUACGUCUACAGCGGUUUGGAUUCAAGAACGUAAUUGAAGCAUUGCAUAACUACAGGCCCAAUUAUGAGUUGACGCCUAUGACCCGCGCUAUGUUGCGGACCUUCGUCGAAAACAGAAGACAGUACCAAAGUCAAAGGCCGUUCCGUCAACCGAAAAAUACUUAGUUUGAAUUGAACCUAUUUAUUGAACUUUUAAAUGCAGUGCAAAAAAGUUUUGUAGUUAUAAUUAUGUAUUUAUAUAAUUUUAUUUUGUAAUAUAAUUUCAAUUAAACUAAAUGCUAACUGCAA